AUGCACCCUGUCGCACCACUGGAAAGGACAGUGGCACACAGUCAAUAUACACGAAAAUCUCUAGCAAUGGCUCUGGAACCGAUUGAUGUCACGACUCACUCAUCUGAUAUUGAAGCUGCGUACCAGAAGGUGGUGCGGGGGAAGGACUCAGAUACCACGUGGUUAAUUCUGUCACCUGGCGACAAGCGGGCGUACUCAGCUGCAAAGACGGGUUCUGGGUUCGGGGAGUUCCUCGGAUCGUUCGACGAGAGCAAGGUUGAGUUUGGCCUAGCGCGGGUGUCGCCGCCGGGGUCCGAUGUUGAAAAGCUGCUGCUCGUGGGGUGGUGCCCGGACUCGGCGCCUCUGAAGACCCGGGCCUCGUUCACGUCGAACUUCGCGGCGGUCGCGGACCGCAUUCUGAAGGCCUACCACGUACAGGUGACUGCCCGGGAUGAGGACGACCUGAACGAGCGGGAGCUGUUGAUGAAGAUCAGCAACGCUGCGGGUGCGCGCUACUCAAUCCAGCAGGACUCUCACUCUCCGAAGCCGACGAAAACAACAACUGCGCCGCGGCCACGCCCUGGCGAUGUGCCCAAGCCCCGUCCGGGGAGCAUGCCUGUGGCCUCUUCUGCGCAGAGCACGCCGGCGGCAGCGCCAGCGAAGCCAGCGAAGCCCUCGAAGCCAGCUGCGCCUGCCCGGAAGGUGGAACCUGCAGCGAAAGCCAGCGAAGAUGGCUGGGGAGAUGAGCCGGAGGUGAAAGAGCGUGACCUAAUGAAGGAGCCAGUAAAGCCUACGAAGUCUUCGUGGAAGCCAAUCGGGAAGGUAGACCUCCAAUCCGUUAUCUCUGAAGAAAAGGCCAAGGCCGACCCGCGCCUGGUCAAUGCGCUUCCAUCGGAAAAGACCGGAAAGAAGCUCAAUCCUUCGGACGAUAUUGCCAAGCUAAAAGCGGAAUCCAAGCAAAAACGCGAGUACGAAUAUGAGCAGGUGCUCAAAGCUAAGGGUUCUGCCUCUCCUUCCCGCGGCUCUCCCGACAAGAAAACGGUCGACGAACACGAGGAGAGUAGCGACUCUGACCAAGACCAGACCUUCCAGGUGGAAGACGCCAAAGCCAAGUUUGAGAAAAUGGAGAUCUCUGGGGGUCCAACAAUUAUUAAGCCCAAACCCGCAUCCAGACCCGCGCCUGCCGCAUCAGAGGAGAAGACUCAUAUACCGGUUAGCAGCCAUAAAAAGUUCGGCAUGCCACUUCCGGGCAUGCACACUGAAGAGAAGUCUAUCGAAAACGACACAGAAGAUGACUCUUGGGAGGAAGAAGAAGAAAAGGCUCCAGCCGCUGCGCCAUUGCCUCCUCCGCGCAGAGCUGCCGCCCCAGCGCAGCCCAGUCGGGAAUCACCUGAGCAAUCCAGUCGGGAAACCUCAGAGCAACCUAGCCGGGAAACCCCAGAACUACCUCGCCGGGACACCCCCGAGCCAACUGAGAAGGCGGACGACAAGGCUCCCUCCGGUACCCCGAGCCGCACUGCGUCGCAGCCUCCACCACCGCCAGCACGCAGAGCCGUGGAGGCCAAGAAGGAGCCAGCCGCACCCACUGCCAUCGCCGAGUAUGACUACGAGGCCGGCGAGGACAAUGAACUCACCUUCGAAGAGGGUGACGUAAUCGUCAACAUUGACUUUGUAGACGACGACUGGUGGCUGGGAGAACUGCAGAAGACCGGCCAGAAAGGCCUCUUCCCAAGCAACUACGUCGAACUACAGCAAUAG